CACCAUUUUCAAAUUAAAUUUACAACUGAAAAAUAUAAACGCGUCGCUGUGCUUAAUUUGGAGUUUUACUUUCAGUAACUUAUUAGAAACAAGUGCACUUAUUUGUCUCAAAUCGAUUGUUCACUAAUUUCAGCGUUUGUAUGUAACGGGAGCGAAGGAUAUAAAAUGGCUGAUUUUGAAGAAGAAAAUUUGGAGCUGCAAAGAAUUACAGCUGAAAAUGUUAGAGAGCUCACCUCCAUAUGGACAGAAAUGUUCGAUGAAACAAUGUGUUUGCAGAACAUUAACAAACUGAAAGAGCACGUUGAAAACUUUUUUGCCGAAUUGAAAGAAGAGUCUGUUAAAAAACGAGAGCAAAUAGAGAAUGAAAUACAAGUGUUGCAUGGGGAAGCGGACUUGUUGUGCCGCUUACUAAAAACUGAUAUACAGUUGCCAAGAAUGGAGGAUAGAAAAAUACCGUUGUUGAUCAUACAAUCAAACAUAGACAAAAGUUUAACCGAAUUGCGUGAACAAUUGCGGCGGCGCCGCGAAGAAAUUUGUGAACUAUUACUUGAGCAGGAAGGUUUAUGCGAUGAGUUGGGAGAAAUUCCACGUCCUCUUUUAGCCGAUCCUUUACCGUCGGAAGAAGAAAUUCUGGAAUUCCGUAACCAUUUAGAUCAACUAAAAGUGGAGCGUAUGGAACGUCUGAAUGAGAUGUCAGUAUUACGUCGCGAAAUAAAGAAUUACUUAACUACAUUAGAGACACAAGUUAACACAGAUACAGAAGAUCGACUCUUGAAUCACAGACAAAUUAAAUUGGACGAAGAAACUUUCAAAGCGCUUAGGCGCAUGCAGGAUGUGUACGGUGCACGUGUGCAAGCAUUGUCGGAGCGUAUCGAUGGCAUACGUAAAAAAUUGGAAUCGCUUUGGGGGCGUUUAAAGACAUCACCGAAUACACGAAAUAAAUUUAAACGACACGCAGAAUAUAAUCAGACCACAUAUAAUGCACUAAAAGAAGAGUUGCACCGUUGUGAAUCCUUGCAAAGUCAAAAUAUAAAAGAAUGCCUUCAGCAAAUACGUGCAGAGAUUGUAGAGUGGUGGGAUAAAACUCUUAAAUCUGAAACAGAAAGAAAUCGUUUUUCUAAGUUCCACAGCAACUGUUACACGGAAGAUCUCUUGCUAUUGCAUGAAAUUGAAUUGGAAGAUCUAAAACGUUUUUAUGAAAGUAAUCGGCAGAUAUUUGAACUUUACGACAAUCGAAAAUUGUUAUGGGACCGCAUGGUAGCUUUGGAAGCUAAGGCCUCCGACCCGGGACGAUAUAACAACAGAGGAGGGCAGUUAUUAAAGGAGGAGAGAGAACGCAAAACUAUCGCUACGAAAUUGCCCAAAAUUGAACAGCAGAUAAGAGAUUUAGUUACAGUAUACGAAGAAACUGAGCAUCAGGAAUUUCGUGUUUGUGGCGAAAACAUUAUAGAAUUAAUGAAAAAGGAAUGGGAGAACAAACGCAAGGAAAAAGAAAAACUCAGCAGUGCACGUAAAAAUGUCCAAACAUCACGCUCUACUACACCCAUGUCUGCAAAAACCGGUUCCAUGAUUUCGAUGCGUAAAGCUCCAUCAAAUACCAACUUAUCAGUUAUACCGUCUACGUCUGCAAAUUCCGCAAAAAAACGUAAAUUAGACCGAAAUGAGGAAAAUACUCCAAUGGCUAAACGAAACCUAAUUUACUCAAUAAACAGUCCCAGCGUAUUCACAGGCCGAGUGAUGACUCCACGUAAUGCCGCAACACCUGCAAGUGGACAUAAAUUACCUUUAAAAUCUCCUUUCAAGUCAUCACUGAAGAAAAGUCGUGUUAUUGCAACAACUAUUCGUCGUAGAUCUGGUCGUCACAGUUCAGGCAGCAAAAAACGUUCCUCCUUGGGUAAGAACUUCAAGAAGAAAUCAACAGUUCCACCGACAAUUCUCAUUAAUGAUGACCCGGAUUGGAAUACAGAUCAAGAUACGGAAGAUGCUUAUGAAUCAUUUCAGAAAAGCAUCGAACCUGAUUCGCGUUCUUCCGUAAUACAUACAUUUACACGUCCGGCAUCGGCGUCAAAUAUGUCGACACGUUCAAAACGUAUUUAUCCAAAUGAAAGCAGAAUUGUGAAUUUGCCCAAUCCGCGCUCUGGAUUCCACAACAUACAAACCACGCCCAAAAAAUCACCCGCCAGUUGCAGCCGAAAACUUACCACAAAGAAUCUACCUAUCAUAAUCUGAUUAAAAUCGUAUUAAUGUUAAAUUUCGUUUAAAGUUACUAGUUUUAGUUUUGUCAGUAAAUAUAUAUAUAUGUUUUAGUUUGUCUUAUAUACUGUCCACUCUAAAAAUUUCCAGUUUAUAUUUUAUAUAAGACGUGUGAUCUGACAAAUUUACUCUUUUUCGUAAUUAAUUGUUAUUGUAAUGAAGUUUUUAUCAAUCUCACAGAUUCGAAAUGCAAGGUAUUCGGUGGUUGGACAAUAAGAAGGGGAAAUCAAAAUAAAAUUUUAUUUCUUAUGAUUAAAUGAUUACAAAAAAUAUAUAAAAUAAUAAUAA